CUUGCCAAAAAAUUGAAGAUUGUAUCUAACAGCUGAAAAUCAAGACAAAUUUGUAACAAAAGAAAAGACAUUUUCGAACAGUAAAGUGAUGUUGCUGAAGCAAUGACAUAACCUCAACCGGUAAAAAGUUACGUCGUGCGUAUCAUAAAAAUUGGAAUUAUGGCGUAUAAUAGAGCCGAAAGAUUUCCAAAAUUGAUUACGCAGACUCCUGUACGUGUCGGUCCUGGUACUUACGAUGGAUCGUUUAUAUCAAAGCCACCACGAGAUUUAGACUGUCGAUAUCCUUUUUUAAAUGGCACACAAAGAGAGACUUUGACUAUAUCGAGAGACACAAUUCUUUUCCCAGGACCUGGUUCGUACGAUCCAAUUGAACCGCAACGGCACAUUCCAGAACGUAGAAUCGUUGAACGAUUUUCUAUUUCAAUUUCACCUUAUUCAUUUUCAAUGGCUUUUAUAAAUUCCAGGGAGGUGUCAGUAUCGAUUAUACCGAGGCUAGAUUAAAAAAGAAAAUUUACGAAGGACCAGGUCCAACAGAAUACGAUCUACCAGAUGAUCUAUUUAAAAAAACACGAAAAGAAAUUAGAUCUCAUCCUGGCACUUGGAAAGGAGCAGCCGGAAAAGUAAAAUGUUUUUAAUUCGUUCAUACUCGUCGUUUAUCACCGUCAUCUUCUUUUCAGCUAUGGUUAAUAAAACCACCACGUUCGAUCAUAACUCCUGGAAUAUCCGUACCUUCGAAACGUGACGUUUAUGGUUAUACUAUUAACGAGCACGGAAUACUUGUGAAAAUUUCACCUAUCGAAGAUGAACCAGCUUUCAUAUAUGACAUACCAAGAGGAGAAGAAAAUUUUACUACUAUCAGAUAUAAAGGAAACUUUUGGAGUAGAAUGACUGGAAGGAAAGAGAAAAAAGUCUUCGUUACGCCAGGACCAGGGGACUAUGAGCACGAAACGAAAAAAUCUCCUACGCAAAUUUACGAUGAAAAGUUUAGGGAAAUAAAAAGGGCUGGGUCAAGACAGCCGCGUUACCUCGAAGCGAUGUACCGUCAAAAAUUACGUGAAGGAUUUCCAGGUCCAAGUCAUUACGAUCCACCUAAGAGCACGUUUGAAAAGUAUAAAAAGAUCGAUUGUAAAUGCGAUAAGUAUACUUUGGAACCUCCACCUUUUUGUCAAACUGCAGAGAGAUUUGAUCACGGAGAGUGUACCGAUACUCCUGGUCCAGGAACGUACGAAAUCAAGAAACCAAAAUGUUCUUUCACUCACAUAUGUCGAGCACCGUUUGGAAGUCUCGUUUCUCGAUUUAAAGAUGUUGAUGAUGAUACAUGUCCAGCACCGGAUAAAUAUGAUAUAGUAACAGGAAAUAUUUCUUACGAAUCUGCAAAACGUUUUAAAUAUAGUUACGAGAGAUCAAUACCACGUUCAACGUCGGAAAAGAUCGUUACUCCUUAUAGUAAGAGGAAAUUAAUCGAUAAGAUAGAAGAAGUAAAACAAGUAUCUGAGAAAAGUUACGUACAUCAUGCUGUUUUUAAAUCAAGAACGGACAGAUUUCGUAGAGUUCUUAAAGGGAUCGAUGCGCCGGAUCCUGGAGCUUACGAAGCUUUAACCUCCUUCAAGGCUAAUCGUGAUCGAUGCGACUUCCUCUGCCGACGUUUGGCUCCACCCUUCCUUUCGAGUGCCCGUCGUGUUCUCGAGAUUACCAAAGGAAUCGAUAUGACAGUACCAGCUUCGACACAUUAUACCAUCCUGUAUGACAUAUCAAAAGGAGUCAAGGGAGGCGUGAUAUCGUAUUCACGAUGUGAUAAGGAGAAGAAAACGAAGAUACCUGGUCCCCAGUACUAUUGUAUAAAUCCUUACAUCGGGUCGUCUGUAUUGAAGAAAUCUUUCAAUAUUACCUUGGGUAAAGAAAAAUUCAUCGGGGAGACGAAAAAAGUGAAAAGUCGAUUGUACCGUGGUCCCUCGAAAAAAACUCUUCGAUGGUUCGCUACGACGCACAAGGAUUAUCGACAUUGUCCUAUAACGUGUUUGACAGUAUCGCGAUAG